UCUGUGAAGCUACUGUGCAUGGUGUUGCAUGUGAUUCGGCUUCUAUCAUUCCUGACCUCACAUCCCCAAGGCAAAUGACUGAACAAGGAAGUGCUCGUCUCUCCUUAACAGGCAGAUCACCAUGCAGAGCUUUGACAAGGAAAACCACACUUCAGUUUCUGAGUUUAUCCUCCUUGGUUUCUCCAGUGAGCCACAGGUCAGAAUGGCCCUGUUCGUCUUCUUCCUCCUCCUCUACCUUACAACCCUUGUGGGCAAUGGGCUCAUCGUCACCCUAAUCUACCUUGACUCACAUCUCCACACGCCCAUGUAUUUCCUUCUCAGUGUCCUCUCUUUGGUAGACAUGAGCUAUGUCACUACCACUGUUCCUCAGAUGCUGGUAAAUAUAUGGUAUCCAAGGAGAGCCAUCUCCUGGGAUGCUUGUGUAUCCCAGAUGUUCAUCUUCUUGGUCCUGGGCAUUGCUGAGUGUAUUCUUUAUGCCAUCAUGGCCUAUGACAGGUAUAUUGCCAUUUGCUUCCCCCUUCGUUAUUCCCUACUCAUGAGCCGUAUCAUGUGUAUCAAGAUGGUCACUGUCUGUUGGUCCAUUAGCAUCACUGGGGCUCUGAUCUACACAGUCUUCACCAUGCAUCUGCCCUACUGUGGACCCCACAAAAUCAACCACUUCUUCUGUGAGGUCCCUGCUGUUCUGAAGUUGGCCUGUGCAGACACAUUCUUCAAUGACCAGCUGAACUUCAUGUUGGGCUUCAUCCUGCUUUUGGUCCCACUCUCCCUCAUCUUAGCAUCCUACACCUGCAUAUUUGCCUCCAUCUUAGGAAUUCGCUCAUCCCAGGGGAGGCUCAAGUCCUUCUCUACAUGUGCCUCCCACAUCACCGUGGUCACCAUGUUCUAUGGUCCAGCCAUGAUCAUGUAUAUGAGGCCUAGCUCCUGGUGUGACCCGGAGCGGGACAAGAAGCUGGCCCUGUUCUAUAAUGUCAUCUCGGCCUUCCUCAACCCCAUCAUCUACAGCCUCAGGAACAGGGAUGUAAAGGGGGCCUUUCUGAGGGUACUUGGAAACAGAGGGACAGCUUCAUGA